UCCACAACCCAAUCGACAUUGCCAAAAAGGGUAUGUAACUUCAGAACUUGAAACUUCUGGGAGAAAAUAGAAACAGAGAAAUGGCUUCUUCGCUCUUCUUCUCUGUCUCUUCAUCAUCUCCCUUUCUCUCCUCCACAAUAAAACCCCAUUUCUCUCAAACAACUAAACACAACCUCUACUUAAAAACUUCACCUUUCACUGUAAAAUCCAUCUCAUCACCGGCAACUAACACACCAUUACCAUCAGUUGAUAACUUCUGGGAUUGGAUCUGCAAUCAAGGUGUUAUAUCAAACAAGUCAUCAGCAGGUAUAAAACCAGGAAUCGUACCUGAAGGACUUGGUUUAAUUGCCCAGAGAGAUAUAUCAAGAAAUGAAGUGAUUUUAGAAAUACCCAACAAAUUUUGGAUUAAUCCAGAUUUAGUAGCUUCUUCAGAAAUUGGGAAAUUUGUUGGUGGAUUAAAACCUUGGGUUUCUGUUGCUUUAUUUCUUCUUAGGGAGAAAGCCAAUAAGGAUUCUAAAUGGGCUAGUUACCUUCAAAUUCUUCCAGAGAAAACUGAUUCUACCAUAUUUUGGUCAGAAGAGGAGCUUUCUGAAAUUCAAGGUACUCAACUAUUGAGCACAACCUUGGGUGUGAAAGAAUAUGUGCACAGAGAAUUUCUCAAUGUCGAACGAGAAGUUAUACUUCCCAACAAGCACCUUUUUCCUUCAAUUACAUCAGACGACUUCUUUUGGGCAUUUGGUAUACUCAGAUCAAGAGCAUUUUCACGCCUUCGUGGUCAAGAUCUUGUUCUAGUCCCUCUAGCCGACUUGAUCAACCACAGUUCUAGCAUAACUACGGAGAAUGUUGCUUGGGAAAUCAAAGGAGGAGGUAUCUUCUCCAGGGAUGUCUUGUUUUCCUUGAGGACUCCUGUUUCUGUAAAGUCUGGUGAGCAGAUAUAUAUCCAAUAUGAUGCAGGGAAGAGUAAUGCUGAGUUGGCAUUAGAUUAUGGCUUUGUCGACUCAAGGCCAGAUCGCAAUGCAUAUACUCUGACGUUAGGGAUUUCUGACUCAGACCCAUUUCUCGGUGACAAACUGGACAUUGCCGAGUCUAAUGGUCUUGUGGGUGAAACUGCAUACUUCGAUAUCGUCUUAGGCCAGCCCCUUCCACCAGCAAUGCUUCCUUACCUGCGUUUGGUAGCUCUUGGUGGUCAAGAUGCAUUUCUCUUGGAAUCUGUAUUCAGAAACGCCGUAUGGGGCCAUCUUGAAUUGCCCAUCAGCCCUACCAAUGAAGAGCUAAUAUGCCGAGUUCUGAGAGAAACCUGCAAAACCGCACUCUCCAAAUAUGCAACCACCAUCGAAGAGGAUGAGAAGCUACUUGAGGGAGGGAAUUUGAGUCCAAGGCUUGCAGUAGCACUGGGAAUAAGACUUGCGGAGAAGAAGAUUUUACAACAAAUCGAUGAGGUCAUCAGAAACAGAGAAUUAGAACUAGAUGAGCUUGAAUACUACCAGGAAAGAAGACUUAAAGAUCUAGGCUUGGUUGGUGACCAAGAAGAUAUCAUAUUUUGGGAACCCAAGUAGAAGUACUAGCAAAACCAUGUUUGUCUCCCCUUCGAUAAAAACAAGUCUUGUGAUUUGUUAAACUGCUAAGUAUCCGAAAAUGGAUAGAAAUGUUCACGAGAUGAGGAGGAGUGCUCAAGUACUGCACUGGUUGAUUUUCGUCGUGCACCCUCAAUAGCUUCCCGAGCUUGAAAAUGUAAGUUUUUUCUCUCAUUUCUGUUCUCAGUUAUAGUUUCGGGCCUUUCGGCUCAGCGCUUUGUUGUAUAAUUCGAGACAUGCAACUCCUAUAAUCAGAACAAUUUUUUUUUUUAUGUCAAAUCUAUUUGGUCAA